AUUCAUUGUAAAGAAAUUAAGUCCAUACAACACUCAAAGGUUGUAUUUUCAAGUAUGAAAAUGCACAGGUUUUUGAGGGUCAAGCAGAAACCGAAAAAGUCUGUCCAACGAGCGUAUUGUCUGCGCAAAUGAGGUGCAAUGAAAGAAAAUGGUAACUGCACCUGAGCGGCACAGUUGUUUAAAUGUUCGAAAUAGUGCGCAAAAUCUCUUUUUGGUCAGAGUCGUCAAAUUUUCUUCCAGUACAACAGGCUCAGUUUUUCAUCUUUUCACAUGCAGACAAAGAAACUGUGGCUUUUCCUUUAACAUACUGGUCUUAGUUUUGCGUUCGACCGCCGCUGACGAUGUGAGCCUAUACGAAUUAGAGAAUUUUCUCAAAUUCAGACCGAAUGGUUACUGGUCAGAAUCAUCAAAUUUUCGUACAGUACAGGCGGCUUAAUUUUUCAGUGGUUCACAGACAAAAGAAGUGAAGCUCUGCUUUUGACGCUAAUGAAAUGAGCCUACAAGUACACGAUAAUCUUCCGAUCCCAUUUCGAGCAAAUUAAGGGCAUUAAUACAUAUGAAAAGUGUUCAUACGUGUCGUUCGCUCUUACUUCAUCGUAUGAUCAUGUUGUCUACAAGAACUAAUCAUGAUAUAUGUAAAUUUGAAUAGUUUGGUUUAGCAAUGACUCCAAUUUGAAGUAAAGAGUCAUCUUGAAAUUUUCCAUUUAGUAUUCAAGCUUCUCACAUUUGUGGAUAAACAAGACAAGAUAUUAUUUUUCUUCAACAUCUUUCUUCCCGUAUUUGGAUAAUCUCUGCUUCUUACAGAUUAUCAGAAGUCUGAACACGCGUUAUUCACGUGAAACAUAUUAAAUAUAUAGGCCCUAUUUGUACAUUCACAUUUCGGUCAGGUCGAAUGCAAUUGGAACAAUUACACUAUAAGACUUAUUAUCUCGGCAAAAGUUCCGGCAGGCAAAAGUUCAAGGCAUAAGAUAUUCAUGCCGACCAGAUGCCGCUUUCAGACGGCUCAAUAACAAUACUUUAGUAAUCUAUAAGCUGAUUCACUUGUCCGCACGCCUCGCAGUUGCUAUAAAAAGCAAAGAUCUGAUAACCUCACGUGUUUUUAAACUUCUGUUGGGAUAAGAUUUUAAUCCUUCGAUAUUAGUUGGUCUUUUUGGGCGAAGAUUGCCAAAUUCGCAGUCUGCAAAAUUGUCACGCACUUUGGUUGUUGUAAACCUUUCGAAAUCUCAAUUCGGAUACGUUAGCCACACGCCAUGGACGAGCUUUUCCAAACCCCACCAGAAACAAGAGAACGCGUCUCGGCCGAGGUUAAGGGUACGAUACCAGAUUGGGUCAACGGAACCCUUCUACGAAAUGCUCCUGCGAAAUACGAAUUUGGUAAGCAUGCUUACAAGCACUGGUUCGAUGGCUUGUCUCUUUUGCAUGCUUUUAUCAUCGAGAAAGGCGAAGUGAGUUACCACAGCAAAUAUUUGGAAACGAAUGCUUAUACAAAAGGCAGUGAGAAAGAAAGGAUCGCCUACGCCGAGUUCGGAACAGCAGAGCUCCCCGAUCCGUGUCAGAAUAUCUUUUCCCGCUUUUUUUCCUAUUUUUGGCCGCCAGAAAGGACGGAUAACACGGCUGUGAAUGUUUUUACGAUGAAAGGAAAGGUAUUUGCGAACAGCGAUUCGCCAUUCAUGAACGAAAUCGAUCCUGACACGCUGGAAAUUCUCGACGUUACCAACGCAAAAACGGACAUCGAUUCGGCAAGAAUCGUGUACGCAUGCGCUCAUCCUCACGAGGAGAACGACGGUAACGUGUACCACGUGAUGACGUCCGUCGGCCGUCAAUCUCGUUACAACAUCGUGCAAGUUCCCCCAGCGCAACGAGCCACUCAUAUCAAGGUCGAUAAGCCCCUGGAAGGCGCUAAAAUCAUUGCGAGCCUCAAGCCACACAAGAGCAUUACCUACUACCACAGUUUUGGGAUCACCACGAACUAUUUCAUCUUUGUUGAAAAUCCGUUCAGUAUCAACAGUUUCGAAGUGCUGCGAAUGAAGGUCGAGCACAGAUCUUUCCACGAAUGUAUGCAUUGGGAUGCAAAAGAACCAUCCAGGUUUUAUUUAAUCGAACGCAGAUCUGGCGCAUGCGUUGGAAGCUAUGAGGCGCAUAGUUUUUUCUCCUUUCAUCACGUGAACGCAUACGAGGAUAUCAAUGGUCUCGUGGUAGUAGAUUUGUGCUGUUAUCCCGACGCAACCAUCAUUGAUCAGUAUUAUCUCCAUUAUCUUCGUAAUUCCAAAAUAGACAAGGUUGGUGAAAAUUUUGCUGAUCCUGAAGUGAGACGUUAUCGUUUGCCAAUUCCUGGCAAAUCUGCUUCUCGCUCUUCUUCUCCCCGUUUAACUUACGAGAUACUUGGCAGUGAUCUGGAGUUGCCUCGUAUCAACUACCGUUUCAAUGGUCAGGAAUACAGAUACAUCUACGGAACAGGUCCGUACGAACACGGUCAUUUUCUUGACCAGCUGGUCAAAUUGGAUACGGUUUCAAAAUUGAAAAAAACUUGGUACCAGUCUGGAUGCUUCCCGUCCGAGCCAGUGUUUAUAGAAAGACCUGGGGCCAAGGAUGAGGAUGAUGGCGUUAUCGUGUCGGGGGUCGUCGGCACGGGGGGUGAGAAAUCUUUUUUGCUCGUCCUGGAUGCAGCAAGUUUUGAGGAGCUAGCCAGAGCUGUUAUUCCGAGCCGUCUACCGCAAUCUUUGCAUGGAAAUUUCUUCCCAGAUUUAAGUUACAAGUUGAAGGCGUUCUAUGCGAACAAAUCUAAGCCAAAAGAAAUGGAAGUCGUGCAAUAAUUAUCACAAGAAUGAAAUAACCUGUUUUUGAGAAUCUGCGAAGUAGAAUAUAUAGCUUAAUCAAGAUUUUGAAACUAAUGUCUUAAACUAUCUUAAACUUCUCCAACAGUAAAAAAAGCAGAUCAAAACAUAAAGUACGCAACACAUCAUGGGUAACAAUGUCUCUGAGUUUGGCAAUACUAUAUGAAAAAGAGAGAUUUGUACUUCCUUUGAACUUCCUCCUAUAUACCAUAAUACAAAAUU